AUGUUUUGUUACGUGUUUUUUCUGUGGUCCUUUUUUGUGACUUCAUCGUUUGCUCUACCAUCGUGUCCAUCUCUUUGUGAAUGCGAUAAAAAAGAUUCAUCUUGGAAUGUCUACUGUCGCAAGGCAGUUAUAAAUGACACCGUUUAUGCAGAGGUUCUAAACCAACUUCCACUAACUCUUCGUUCUCUUCAUAUCCAGCCUCCAACAAACCGUGGCGGCUCUAACAAACUUCGAUGGAAUGACAACAUAAACCGAUUUGCUCAGCUACGCGUACUUCGUCUCAUCAAUUGUCAAAUUCCUGCAAUGUCUCGUUCUAUUCGACUUCCAUCUUUGGAAGUUUUGGAUCUUCGUUCGAACAACAUUGAGCAUGCCACAAUGAGCAACUUCGGGGGAAUGCCAAAGCUAAGAGUUCUGGAUUUAUCCUCUAACCAUUUGAACAUUCUUCCAACUGGAGUCUUCACCUAUCUUCGCCAAUUGAGAUCUUUAUCUCUGUCUAACAACACGAUUUCGGAUCUUUCGACCAACUUACUUCGUGGUCUGAACUCGCUACGAGUAUUGCGACUCGACCGGAAUCCAAUCCCAAUUGAACAAAUCAACGAUUUGUUUACAGAUAUCUCUCAGUUAGACGAGCUAUACUUAAACCACUGCAACCUCUCCUCAAUUUCACUUCUGGCACUGGACCGUAUCCCACAACUUCGUCAGCUUGGAAUAGGAGGAAAUGAUCUUAAACAUGUUCCAUCGAAAGAGAUGAGAUCUCUAUCCCAGCUUUCUGUUCUUGACUUAUCGUACAACUCGAUUCAAGAAAUCCCUGCUUGUGCUCUGUGCAACACCAACGUUUCCAAACUUGAUCUUUCAAACAAUCUCCUUGGAAUUGCAAAAGGUUCCCAGUUCAACGAAGACGCUUUUCGGAACAUUCCACUGCGCCAUUUAGAUCUUUCGUUUAAUCAUUUAGACGAAUUUGAUUCCAAAUGGCUCGGAUGGGCUCAAGAAGAGCUUACUUCCAUUGCAUUGUCUGGGAAUCUAAUGAAACAUUUCGACGAAGUCUGGACACAUUCUUUGAAGUCGUUGGUUCAUCUUGAAAUGGCAUACAAUCAUAUAAAAUACAUUCCUGUCCAGCUCCCUACUCGUUACUACCACUUGACAUCAUUCAACAUAUCUGGUAACGAACUCUCCUAUCUGCCGGACAAUAUUAAUAAUUUGCUUCCAAAUGUGAAAGCUCUCGACAUUUCUACAAAUCGUUUCCACACCUUCUCUCACACUGACUUGGCAUUCCUCAACAAUUUGGAUCAAGUCUAUGUUGACGGAAAUCCAUGGGAUUGUUCAUGUGCUAUUCAGGGACUACAGGUACAUAUGAGAGAUCGUUAUGCGAUGCGACACAUCCUCAACUACGAAAACGUCCGAUGCGCGACACCAUCGCUCGUGGAAGGUCAUUCAGUUUUGGCUAUUACCGAUAUGCUCAUCCUUCUCGCAGGUGUUCUUCUAUUCGCCGCCUUCCUUCUUAUGAUUCUUGGAUGCAUAUACUUGCUGCGGGAACGUCAAUAUAAAGGAUCCUACGUCACACGGGAGCACUCCCGAACUCCGUUGACCAUGGCGAACACCCACAGUUGCUCUUCCAGCACAAAUGAUACGCAUGGUCCGUUGUCCCCUCCAUUUGACCCAUUUCUAGUUAGUACUGAAACUUUUAAAGCCACUCCACCACUUAUCCCACCGAUUUCUCCUAAGCCUGGAUCAUCUUAUUUUGGUAUUUGA